AUGGUUGACUGGGCCGACGGCAAGACAUGUCGCCCUGUCUUUCCCCUCGAGAUCCAUGUCGCGGCACCGGGGAUGCAAUCAUCUGAAUCCCAGCACCUUCUUCGCACCACCCAGCACGCCCUGGACGACCUCAACGAGUUCGCUGCGCACCAUCUUCGGCUCAAGUUGACGAAUGAUACAUCUACAGCACAGCAGAGCGACGACAGCUCGGAGGUGUCAAAUAAUGGGGAGGAAGGACCCGAUACUGCAUUGACAGUCCGUUUAAUUGCGCAGGAUGGCCUGGUUGUCCCAAAGGCAGAGCUUCAUGCGGAUACCACGCAGCUCGAUGUAUUCUACCCGCCGAGUCAGGUCCCUAUUCCCUCGUCCUCGAACCCGCCCCUCUCGGUCUUUAUCGCGGAAGAGUUACAACAAUUGUACGGAGAAGAGAAGGCUACAGUUGCGCAUAUCCUUUCCGGUGAGAAGUCCGGUCUGGAUUCGGUAAAUCCGCAGUUUGCAGAGAGCAUCAGUCGACGCCUACGCCGGUCGAUGAAAUACGCCGACACAUAUCAUCUGUCCUUCUCACUGUUUACUCCGGGCUCCGAGCCGUCGUCAUGGGAUAUUGAAGCUGCCGUGCAGGAAUACCUGGCUCCCCUUCUUCAUGCGUUUGCUCCCAUCAGCAACUUCACUGUCGACACCCAAGUCCAGCUCUACGCCACCUUUUCACCCAUGGCACCACCGCCCGUCUAUGAUGAGGCCGAGGCUGCAUGGACUUUGAAGAAGGAGGAUUUGAGCGCAUUCGUCAAUGCUGCUGAGUGGCCACUGAACCCCAGCAUUGGCAACGGUCCCACCUUGAACUUCAUUCUCUACGUGCCAGCUCCCUCGCAAGCCCCGAUGAUGGUCAAGGAGAACCGCGCUUUCAGCUGGAUCGUUCCACAAUGGGGCGGCGUGUUUCUUCUGAACCCUCCGUUGUCCCCGGCAGACAAGGGCUCGAAUCCUGCUCAUCUUUCUCAAGAGUAUCUUCGGCCUGCCUUCAUGACCUUCUCUCACCAGCUCUUGACCCUCCUCGGCACUCCAACCACCCCGGCUUCUCUCCCCCUCCGACUUCAGACAUUAAUCCGUAUCCGCGCCGCGACUCUCUUGCUGUCGGCUUCCUCGACUAUGGGCUCUCUCGCCCGCCUGACCGAGUCUCUUCCCUCUAUCCCUAUCCCAGCGACUGUCGCUUCUUCAGUCUCGACCACUCUUUCUCAUCUCUCUGCUACCUGCUCCCAUUUGCGAAGUGGUCGUUUCAAUGAUGCUCUUGCCACUGCUCGGGUUGCCGAGACCGAGGCUGAGCGCAGUUUCUUCGAGAAGAGUAUGGUGGGCCAGGUGUACUUCCCAGACGAACAUAAGGUGGCUGUAUACCUGCCUCUUCUGGGACCAAUCGGUGUUCCGCUAUUCGUUGGACUGAUGAAGGAGCUGAAGCGAAUUAUUGCAGGGUGGAAAGCGCAAAGACGCGCCGCAGCAUAA